GCAGUAAACUUAAAAUUGCAUAUGUUUUUCUUGUAUGGCCGUCAGAUUGAAAGGUUGGAAGCAGCGCUGACUUAUGGUUUGGAGGGGCAGUAUUCGUCAUGCCUUUGGCUGUACAAAAUAAAAGCUGCAGCCACAUGUCCACAGCAACGGAAUGCGUGGGAUUGUGGGUUAUUGAUGCUGAAGUACAUGGAUAUGUUAUCAAGUGGAAUUGGAAGCUGGAAAUGGAAUCAGUACAAUUCGGAGCAGGAGCGGCGCAAAGUAGCACUGUCUUUGGUUCUGGAUGAUGCCAACGUUGUCCGUCAUGAAAUUAUGCGGAAAGCGAACACGCACAGGAGGUUGGAGAUGAAUAAAGUUGAGGUUCGAUGA